GGGGCGCUGGUGUGAUCGAGCUCACGUAGAGAGGGUAGCUGUCGCCUCCUCCUUCGCGCUGCCGUCGCGGCCUAGAGGUUAUAAAAGGGCUAACUGGCUCCCUCUGCUGCCCAGUUGCGCCGCCAGCGGGCCAAGGGAAGGGUGAGUGUAGGUAACCCGAGCGCCCGAGACCGGGGAGUGAAGAGCGCGCCGCCUUCCCGUCCCACUUCUCAGGUAUGUUAGCCUGUAAAAUUAAAUCUUCCAAGAUGAUCUGGUAUACUUUAAUUGUUGGGAUUUUACUUCCGCAGUCUCUGGCCCAUCCAGGCUUUUUUACUUCUAUUGGUCAGAUGUCUGAUUUAAUCCACACUGAGAAAGAUCUGGUGACCUCCCUGAAAGAUUAUAUUAAGGCUGAAGAAAACAAGUUAGAACAAAUAAAAAAGUGGGCAGAGAAGUUAGAUCGGCUAACAAGCACAGCAACAAAAGAUCCAGAGGGCUUUGUUGGACAUCCUGUCAAUGCAUUCAAGUUAAUGAAACGCCUGAACACUGAGUGGAGUGAGUUGGAGAAUCUGGUCCUUAAAGAUAUGUCUGAUGGUUUUAUUUCUAACCUAACCAUUCAGAGACAAUACUUCCCUAAUGAUGAAGAUCAGGUAGGGGCAGCCAAAGCCUUAUUGCGUCUCCAGGACACCUACAAUUUGGAUACAGAUACCAUCUCAAAGGGUAAUCUUCCAGGAGUAAAACACCAAUCUUUCCUAACGGUUGAGGACUGCUUUGAGUUGGGCAAAGUGGCCUACACAGAAGCAGAUUAUUACCACACUGAACUGUGGAUGGAACAAGCUCUGAGGCAGCUGGAUGAAGGCGAAGUUUCUACUAUUGAUAAAGUCUCUGUUCUAGAUUAUUUGAGCUAUGCUGUAUACCAGCAGGGAGACCUGGAUAAAGCACUUCUGCUCACAAAGAAGCUUCUGGAACUAGAUCCUGAACACCAAAGAGCUAAUGGUAACUUAAAAUAUUUUGAAUACAUAAUGGCUAAAGAAAAAGAUUCCAAUAAGUCUUCUUCAGAUGACCAAUCUGAUCAGAAAGCCACACUAAAGAAAAAAGGGACUGCUGCGGAUUACCUGCCCGAGAGACAGAAGUACGAAAUGCUGUGCCGUGGGGAGGGUACCAAAAUGACUCCUUGGAGACAGAAAAAACUGUUUUGCCGCUACCAUGAUGGAAACCGGAACCCUAAAUUCAUUCUCGCUCCAGCCAAACAGGAGGAUGAAUGGGACAAGCCUCGUAUUGUUCGCUUCCAUGAUAUUAUUUCUGAUGCAGAAAUUGAAAUUGUCAAAGAUUUAGCAAAACCAAGGCUGAGCCGAGCUACAGUACAUGACCCUGAGACUGGGAAAUUGACCACAGCACAGUACAGAGUGUCUAAGAGUGCUUGGCUGUCUGGCUAUGAAAAUCCUGUGGUGUCACGGAUUAAUAUGAGGAUACAAGACCUAACAGGACUAGAUGUUUCCACAGCAGAGGAGUUACAGGUAGCCAAUUACGGAGUUGGAGGACAGUAUGAACCCCAUUUUGACUUUGCACGGAAAGAUGAGCCAGAUGCUUUCAAAGAGCUGGGGACGGGAAAUAGAAUUGCUACAUGGCUGUUUUAUAUGAGUGAUGUGUCAGCAGGUGGAGCCACUGUUUUCCCGGAAGUAGGAGCUAGUGUUUGGCCCAAAAAGGGCACUGCUGUUUUCUGGUAUAAUUUGUUUGCCAGUGGGGAAGGGGACUACAGCACGCGACACGCAGCCUGCCCGGUGCUAGUUGGAAAUAAAUGGGUAUCUAAUAAAUGGCUCCAUGAACGUGGACAAGAAUUUCGAAGACCGUGUACCUUGUCAGAAUUGGAAUGA